CAAUCCACAGGCUGUAGCUUCUUCCUCCCCCUCUCAAACUUCUUCUUCUUUUUCGUCUAUGCAUGAUGGAUGAAUGCACAGUGAAUCCAAUCGGGAUGAAGGAGGAGGACGAUAAUAUCACCGGCGCCCGACAAUGAUCCACCGCCGAAUUAACGGGUAAAUCCAAGACUGGUGGUGCUAUAUUAUGACACUGGCUCAUCGCCGGUCUCAAAAGAACUGGACUCUAGUCACUUUUUGUACGUUCAUGGAAGUUGCUAAUUCCAUGGAAGUUGCUAAUUACCUAUCUGUAUGCCUGAACACCGUGAGCACACUUUAUGCGAUUCCAUAUGGGCUUUCUGGUGCAGUAAGCACUAGAGUUUCAAAUGAGCUAGGAGCGGGAAACCCACAGGGUGCUCGGUUGUUUGUCUUUACCAUGAUGCUUAUGGCUGUGUUGGAGGCUGUCAUAGUAAGCGCGAUGCUCUUUGCUUGUCGGAAUGUGUUUGGGAAUGAAAUAUAUCUUCCCAAACUUGUCUUGUUUUUUCAUGAUUAUAACACAUCAAAUGGGAUAAAGGCGGUACAACAACAAUCCCAGGAAGUUCGUAUAGAGUGAUUGCAACAUAGUGAGUGUACACAAACAAUACCCCUACUUGGAAAGUAGAGAUACUAUUUCCAAGAGACUACUAGCUCAAAACAAAGGGAAUAUUAAAUGGAAAAAAAAUGUUGUAAAAGUUCAGGUGUUGCUUAAUAAAAUCCAUGGUUGCCUUAGGGUCACACCGCGAAUUAUUAGAUGUACUGAUUUGACGGUAUAUAUAGGUUGGUGUUGCUAGGGGAUGCGGGUGGCAGCACAUAGGAGCAUAUAUGUCAAUCUUGCUUCCUUCUAUCUCUGUGGAAUUCCCAUUGCUGCAUCACUGGCUUUCUGGUUUAACUUCAGAGGGAAAGGUCUUUGGAUUGGAGUCCUCUGUGGUGCCUCUCUGCAAUCAUUUUUGCUCUCUAUAAUCACAAGUUGCACUAAUUGGAAUAACCAGGCAGCCAAGGCAGGAAGGAGAGUUCUUGAGUAAAGACAUUCUCAAGUGAAUGAGAACUCAAUGACAGUCUUUGUGCGGGUGUAUGCCCUUGUGGUUUCUAUGUAGGUGGGGGGUGUGGGACAAAAUAUCAUUGUAUGCAUUAAACUUUAGAAAAUUGA